AUGCAGGGUCCUCCUUAUUUGCACGACCCCCCUGAAGAAUAUGCGGUCCCUCUGCCCUGCGUCAUGUGUGCUGCCCAGGGAUUCCAGGUUGAUGUACCUACUUGCACCGAAUGCAAUCUCAAGCAACAGAUGGCGAGCUGUUCGCAAACGGACUUUUUAACCUUACCAAAUCAGCUUCCUCUUGGCCUCGCCACCUUCCAGCAGCCAGCCGCAACUUUAUCAUAUUACGACCCUCUUCUUCUAUCGCCGGCACCGAUAUCUCCUGAUGUUCCUGCCCACAACCAAGCAUUUCCAAUGGCCCCCAUUGCAAUACUUGGAGGCUCCACCUUGCAACCAAGAGUCCCUUGGUCUCGGAAUGUUUUACCAGUAGCAGAACCGAGAAUACAGGAUGUCACUGUUUCCCUGUGGACAUCCGUACCGAUUGAUACUUUUCUGAUGUCCGAACUCUUGGCAUCCUACUUUCAGCAAGGCUAUCUUAUCAGCAUACCAUUCCAGAAGGAUCUCUUCCUUGCGGAUCUUGUGUCGGAUAGAUAUCAGCCUGCUGGAUACGAGACUAAACACUGCUCACCGUUGCUUGUCAACGCCAUUCUCGCAACGGCCGCCAAUAAAUACACUAGCGGCCCUCUGAUAGCUAAGGGUUUGAAGUUGGCUUCGCUCUCUGAAUCAUUCCUCACUCAAGCAAUGCAUGCAUGGGAGAGCGAGGUUCUGAAUGAGCCCAAGUUGACCACAAUCCAAGCUGCACAGAUUCUCAGCUUGUAUCACGCCACAGCGAUGCGAAAUGAUACUGCGUCCGCUAUUCUAUCUCGAGCAGUCGCGAUGGCUGCGCAAUUGGAGCUGUUCACUGCUAGCGAUGACGAAUGGACAGUCACCGGAAUGGCUCGAAAAUUCACCUCCUGGAGCCUAUUUAUCUGGCAAAGCACAUAUUGUUUCUACAAUUUCAUGCCACCCUUUAUCACAGAGCCUCCCAUGGCCACCUUGCCAGAUUACGCAUCUGUGAGUGAGUUGACUGGUGAGAUAUUCUUGGGGAAUCCGGAGAUAGAGCCCACUAGGCCACUUUAUUUGGGCAUGACGUUUAGAGCCGUGGCAUUACUUAACGUCAUUCUCAACGAUAUCAAUCUCACGGGUUCGGUUAGAGGAACCGAGUAUCCCAAGACCAGUACCCUUGCCAAGCAGCAAAUCUUGACCUUUUGUGCACGGCUUCGAUUCUGGUUUAGCGCUCUCCCCAACGAAAUCCAGAACUCAAAGGGUGAAGUAAUCCACCACCUUCGCAUACAUUUGGCCUAUUCUCAUAUCCAGUUCACCCUGCUUGAGCCAUGGGUACGAGACGGCCGACCUUCUCUUACAGAAGAUAAGGACACUCACAAUCUAUACGAAUGGGGAAUCAAGUCCCAGAUGAAAAGGCAACAAUUAGUUGAAAUAUUUCACAUCAAGCAUGGCAAAAUUGGUGCCGGUAAUGUCCAAUGGCUGCACCCCUUCUUGCUGGGUAGUCUUCCUGGCGGACGCAAGACAAAAGCAUUCACUCAGCCAUCUGAAUAUCGGUAA